UUGGUGGGCGAUGGGUGGGAGGAACUGAAUCACUUGGGAAUCGCAGGGAAGGAAGAGGAGGUGGCGAGUCUCUGGUCUUUCCCGCACCGUCGCUUCGCCUCUCAUCCUCGCUCAUGCCUUGGUCCGAGUCAGUGUCUGGGGCAAUGGGAGGAGUGAGGCAGGUGAACUUAGCGUUGGUGAUGCUGUGUGUGCUGCUUGCCCUGCCCACCAUAGCACUUCAGGAGAAUGAGGAUCAGCUGAAUAAGGAUGAAGGCGUGGUGGACAAGCUGAUCCCAGGCACCACGGAGGGGAACUACAGCUGGGUGGAGUGGGGAUCCGUGGCGAUGUGUCCCCUAGGAAGCUUCGCCUUUGCUUUCCGACUGAAGACUGAGCCGGUCAUGCUGCUUGGGGACUUUACGGGACUCAACGGCAUCACGCUAUACUGCCAGGAGAAGAGCACGGGGAAGCUGAGGCCUUGUGUCACCUCCAAAAUAGGCAAAUGGGGAUUAUGGGGAGAUAUCUUCAUGUGUGCGGCGGGCUUCCUGAAGGGCGCAAGGAUGAGGGUGGAGCAGCCGUGGGAGGCGCCGAGAGGUGACAAGUCCGCGGUGAAUAAUGUCGCCAUGGAGUGUCAGGAUGGAGAGAGGAUGGUUGGGGACGGCACCAACAGAGGGCAGUGGGGCGAGUGGCAGGAGUGUCCUGAAGGGAGCGCCAUAUGCGGGCUAGCGACGCAAGUGGUACCGCCCCAGCCCAUUUUCGCCGAUGAUGUGUCUCUCAUCUCCGCCGCUUUCUACUGCUGUCGGAUUUGAGAGUGUGCGACAAGCUGCUUCUCGCCACGCCCCUGGAGAGACUGACCCUGUGAUGCCCAGGAGGGAAGAAAAUAUAGGUAGUUUUCCCCACUGUAGUAGUAGAAGUAGUAGUAAUAAUAGUAGUACUCGUAGUAGCAGUAGCAGUAGUAGUAGUAAUAGAAGAAAUAGUAAUAAUGAUAGUAAUAAUAAUAAUAAUAAUAAUAGUAAUAAUAAUAAUAAUAGUAAUAAUAAUAAUGAUAAUAAUAAUAAUAAUAAUAAUAAUAAUAAUAAUAAUAAUAAUAAUAAUAAUAAUUGUGGUUGCAACAAUAAUGUUGGUGGUCGUGGUGGUGAUCGUACGUAGUAAUAGUAGUAGUAGCAGUAGUAGUAUUGUUGUUGUUGUUGUUGUUGUUGUUGCUGUUGUUGUUAGUGUUCUUGGUUGCAUUAUAGAAAUAAAAAAAAAUAAAAGAA